AUUGUGACGGUCCUUUUCAAGCAACUCAGCUGUGGAAUAAUAUUAUUCAUGCCCUUCACAGUCAAGUGGAAAUCAAAAGACAUAGACAACAUCUGAAAACAUAUAAAAACUGUUUCACUGGCUCAAAUGCUGUUGAUGUGGUACUGAGCUAUCUCAUGCAGAGCAUGUACUUAAGCUGCAAUGAUAUUUCUCGGCUGAAGGGAGUCCAUGUAUGCCAAGCGUUGAUGGAUCACAAGGUGUUUGAGCCAGUUGGAGCAAAGCUUUACUUAUUUAAGCAUGGGAAAGAAACAGAGUUUGAAGACACAGACACUAGUCUCUAUAGAUUUGUAAAUAGCAGUCUUAAUCCUCUUACAAGAAAGAAUAAGGACAAGGAAAACUUGUCUCCUGAGCACAGAGCAGAGUGUGACACAACACUUUCAAAUCCCUUAGCAUUAGAAGCAGCUGAUAAGAAGAGGGUAGAGGAACUUCUUCAAUCAAUAAAUGUUCAUACAUCUUUACCUCCAAAGAUCAUGGUUAAUGAACCAACUUAUCUGCUUUCAGAAAGAGAUGAUAUCAGGAAACAGCAAACUCUGCUACGGCUGCUGCAAUUAAUUGAUGUUCCCCUUCUAGAAGAUAUCUUGGUGUCUUCAGUGAAGACAAAGCCAGACUGUUUUGGCAAAGAAGAAGACCUGAUUAUCUCAAAUACUUUCCUGGACAGAGAGGUUACAUGUAGCUUAAACUUGCCUGCGCUUGACAAAUGGCUCUAUGCUGCAAUUGAAUGCUUGGAGUAUUUUCCUGACCAGUUCAUAGUGAUGGUUAGUCAGCAGUUCUCUCAAAGCACUAACGAACUCAGCGAUCUGAACACAUACAAGAAGAUUCUUUUUGACAUUAUAACAAAGUAUUAUAGUCAAAAGAAGGACUCCCUUCUUGCUGCUCAGGAUCUGGAUAUUCAUUCAGGAAUUAUAGAGCUUAUAGAAAAAGGAAAAACAGAUCAAGCUCUAGAGGCAUCACAACUUUAUUUAAAAUUAUUAGCAUCAAAUAUCAGAGAAGAACUACACAGGCUCCUGACAUUCCUAGCCAUUGCAUCAGAAUCUGAAGCCUACAGACUACAAAAGCAAUUUGAGAACAGAUCAGUGAUUAUCAAGACUUGCACAAAGUUCAUUUUGCAAAAUAAGACACUGUCAAAACCACAGGCAGAAUUGUUGACUCACUUUCUGAUGGACAAUCACUCUGAGCUCUUCAAGACUCCUUUAACUCUUCUGGAACUAACUAGUAGGAGACUUGAGAGUUUGCUAGAAGGACAAGAUCCAGACAUCAAUUCAGGCUUCACCUUCUGUCAGCGCAUUACAACUAAAGAAUAUGAAGAUCAAACCCAGCAAACCAAUCAGUAUCUUCUAGCAUUGGUUCAAGAGAUGGACAAUGACCCUACUAUCCCUUUGAAGCAAAAGAAGAAAUUAAUCAAAGAAUUCCGAAAAUACCAUUCUCUAGUCUAUUGUAGUGGUUGUAAAACUACAUGUGAAUUUUGUGCUCCAAAUGGGUAA